AUGACGCAGAAUACGACAGCUGUUAUUGCUAUUGUAGCUUCAGUAUCGGCAGUUGUUGCUAUUUCGGGUGUCGUAUUGGGACUAAUAUUCAGGCCUAAAAAGCCGAAAAAAACUCUUGUGGAUAAUGAUACGAAAGUUCCUUUACGAGUAGUGGAUAGAAGUUUCAUCACUCAUGAUACAAUCCGCCUAAAACUAGGACUUCCCACAGCUGACCAUGUUCUCGGAUUGCCUGUUGGUAAUCAUGUAUAUUUCAGUGCAAAACUUGAUGGAAAUAUGGUUGUUCGGCCUUACACCCCGAUCACACUAGACAGUCAGAAAGGAUAUGUUGACUUCGUCAUAAAAGUGUAUAAAGGAAACGUUAAUCCCAAAUUUCCUAAAGGUGGAGUUAUGUCGCAAUACUUGACUAAUCUCCCUAUCGAUGGAUUUAUUGAUGUUCGUGGUCCAUCUGGAAGAUUGGAAUACAAAGGGUCUGGUUUAUUCCAUAUAAAGUCGGAUCUACGUAGUUCACCUAACCCUGUAAAAGUAAAACAUGUCAAUAUGAUUUGUGGUGGGUCUGGUAUAACACCAAUGUUCCAACUAUUAUCCUACAUACUUCAGUCUAAAGAUGAUACAACGCAAAUAGCAAUGGUUUUUGCUAAUGUGACUGAAAAAGAUAUAAUUCUACGUGAUGAACUAGAAAAUUUCAAAGAUAAAUAUCCAAAUCAUUUUCGUCUUUGGUAUACAGUAAAUGAAGCACCUGAACGUUGGGCAUACAGUACUGGUUAUGUGAAUGAACAAAUAUUACAAGAACAUAUUUAUCCAGCAAAAGAUGAUACAAUCACAUUAAUUUGUGGUCCACCACCAUUUAUUGAAUUUGCUUGUCUUCCAUCACUUUCUAAAUUAGAUUAUCCAAAAAAUAUGAUUCAUGUCUUUUGA